GUGUCCACUGGUACCAAGGGUGUAGGCCUAUCUCUCAGGUAGGCUAGAACAUCAUCAAAUAUAGCUCGCACGUGAGGCACAGAAUGGCUGCGCUUAAGACGGUGCUGGAGCUCAAACUACAAUUGAAAUCAUCUGAACCAAAAACGGUUCUUAAAACUUUGAAGAAACUUCAGGGAUUGGACAUUACCAUUGAAAUACUGGCAGAAACAGGCAUUGGAAAACUUGUUAAUUCAUUCCGUAAACACAAUGAGGCUGGAGGGGUGGCCAGAACUCUAGUUACUCAGUGGAAGAAACUGAUUCCUAAGGAGAGCCCAAGUAAAGCAAAAGACAAAGACUCCGAAAAGAAAUCAUCAAGUGUUGAAGCAACAGAGAAAACGGUAGAGCCUGAGCAAACGGAGCAGCCUGAGCAGCAAAAUGAUGAGAUUGAACCCGACAUCCAGAAGAAUUCUGAAGCCAGGCUCUCCGAUAAGUCUGUGGGCCAAAUUACUGAAUUUCCAAAUAACAAUACUGAGGCUAAAGGAACCAGUGCAAAAGACCUUAUUGAUUCAAAAUCAUUAAAGAGGACUACGCACAAAGAACCGAAGAUGCCUGCAUCAAAUCCUGAGAGAAAAAAUGACGCGCUUCAUUCUAAAGGACACACGAGAACGGAAAAGGUUCCAAAUGACUCCAAAAGGCAGACAGAUACCUCUAAAAAGAACAACAACAACAAUGCAAAAGAGACCAAAAACAAAAAGAACAAAACAAAGAGGACUGCAGAGAAAGUUGCUGAGAAACAUGUUGAGAUAAAGAAUAAGGAAAAGGUUAAGGACCCUGAAACUCAAGGAAUGUCCUUUGAGGCGUUCCUGAGCUACGACAUGUUGUCAACAAAAAGGAAAAGGUCGUCUGAUGUCAAGAAAAAACCUUCAAAGCGACCCAAAAUUAUUAAAAGUGAUGACAUGGUCAAAACUCCGAGUAUCAAAUUGCACACAGAAUGCACAGAACAACCUUCAAAAAUGGGAACAAGUAAGAAUAAAAUAUUGGACUUGCUGAAUAUUCCAUUGCCACUCACCCUACCCAAGUGUGAUGACUUAUCGAAUUACCACUACUUUGAGGAGAAGAACCCAGUUGCUGAUACUGAGACUUACACAGAAGAGGAGGCCUCAGUGUUCACAGGCCAGAGGUCGAAAAAGAAGAUGCAAGUGUAUUCUGGGACUAAGAGCUCCUCACUGCCCGCCAUGAUGUCCUUGUACCAGCAAUGCCUCCGUGCUCUACAAAACAACAUUGACUCGCUUUAUGAGGUUGGUGGUGUGCCAUUUGAAAUCUUGGAGCCAGUGUUGGAGCGUUGCACACCAGAGCAGCUGGCUCGGAUUGAAGAGUUUAACCCUGUUAGUAUACUAAACGGAAUCUUCUUGUUAAGUACACUUCCGUGGAGCCAGGUAUCCUUAGCUGAUAUGUGCAUGAUCAUGAAUGAUCAGCAGGUGUACAUAGGAGUGACCGACCACCUCUGGGAGAGGCACUGCCAGAGGGACUUCCGGAGUGCCCAGCUGCAGGAAUACGAGUCCUGGAGGGAGAUGUUCUUCCGGCUGUCCGAGGAGAGGGAGCGGAAACUGGCCAGUCUCACCAAGAGCAUAGUCUCGGCUCAUUCACAGAAGCCCAGAGGCCGUCAGGUUAAGAUGGCGUUUAUUAACUGUGCUGCCAAGCCACCCAGAAAUGUGAGGGUGCAGCAGGAGCUCUAUGGCACUGCCGGACCUACACUGCAGCCACAUCCUCUGGAUAGACCCAGGGCGCAGUGCCAGGAGAGCAAAGUGAAACCGGUCUGCCGAGAGUAUCCCAGGCCUGGCACCAAUAAUGCCGGCACCAGCCAAGCUCAAGACCCCCGCAAAAUUAAAAGAGUGGCACCGAUGAUGGCAAAGUCUCUGAAAGCCUUCAAAGAACAGCGACGACGUCGAUGAACUGUAAGGAAAAGAUGUGUAUAGUUGAAAAUCUGUAUUUAUGGGUGACUAGCCUGCUCACUGUUUGUUCAGUUGUAUAUUUGUAAAUCUGACGCACAGCUAGAUGGCAUUUCACCAUUUUUUUUUUUUAAGUCCUCCAUAGAACUGUUGUUAUCUGAGUGACUUCUAGCAUAUUAAUUAUAAUUGACAAAUCAUCCAUGUAUUCAUUAUGUCAUAUCAAGCACUAUGAAUGAAUUUUCUGAUUAAAUGCUGUACCAAUCACAA